AUGUUUGGCGUCAAAGACGCUAUAUUUAAGAUCAAACGUUCCCUUGCGGGUACAGAUUCCUCUGAUUCCACCGCCUACACAACGGCAAGUGAAACUUCCCCUCAAUUAAAAGAUUCACAUAACCCUUUUCGAAAUAAAACAACGUCAGAGAGAACCAUAGUUGAAGAUUGUUCUCUACCACCGGUAACGUUGAAUGGCUAUUCACCUUCAACCAAAAACAAACUUCUUACUCCUGAAAUGUGCGAUGAGAUACGAACUUUAAUGCCUACAAGAAUACAGUUGUACACAGAGUGGAACCUUCUAUAUAGUCUUGAGCAACACGGGUCUUCAUUGCAUUCCCUAUAUAGUAACGUUGCUCCAGAAAGUAAAGAGUAUAGAAGGGUGGGAUAUGUAUUAGUAAUAAAGGAUCGUAAAAAUGGAAUCUUCGGAGCUUACAGUAAUGAAGCUUUUCAUCCAAAUGAACAUAGGCAAUAUACGGGAAAUGGAGAAUGCUUUUUAUGGAAACUAGAUAAGGUACCCGAUGUUAAUAUAUCUGAGCCAAAAGGUAAAGAGGAAGACGAAAAAGAGGAGAGAUGGAGGUUUUCAGGUUAUCCUUACACAGGAGUUAACGAAUUUGCUAUAUAUUGUACAUCUGAAUUUCUUUCAAUGGGUGCAGGUGACGGACAUUAUGGCCUUUUGUGUGAUGAUGGCCUACUUCAUGGGGUAUCCAAUCCUUGCCAAACAUACGGUAAUGCAGUUUUGAGCAAAGAAGGCAGUAAGUUCUCCAUAGUAGCUUUAGAAGUAUGGCGUGUAGGAUAA